UGGCGGCGGGGGCAACAUGGCGGGCGGCGGCCGGGCGCGCUGCGGCCCCUGAGGCGCUGCCAUGUACUCGGCUGCCGCCGCCGCCGCCUCGCCGCCGCGACGGGACUUCAUCUCCGUCACCCUCGGCCCGGAGGAGGCGGUGGGGGUCGGCGGCUACAAUAACAGCAAGGCCUGGAGACGGCGCUCCUGCUGGCGGAAAUGGAAGCAGCUGUCCCGACUGCAGCGGAGUGUCAUUCUCUUCCUGUUUGCCUUCCUGGCAGUCUGUGGAGUCAUUUCAUACACGAGCAUGGGGGAACCCUGGAAAAGUCUAACAAACAAGUCACUGGAUGAUCAGAAAACAGAAGCAGAAAUUCCUGGGUUGAAGCUGGCAAAUCCAGCUGUUCUACCUGCACCCCAGAAAGCAGAUGCCAACCUUGGAGACUACCCAGAGCUUUCACAGCAGAAGCCACCAAAGCUGCCUUAUGUUCGACGUGGUCCUUCCAAUCUUCAAAUCAAGCCACCACGGAGGAACAUGAGGCUGAAGACACGGCAUGAUCCCAGCAGGGUUGUGGAAGAGCCAGUCCAGGCUGAUAAAGAAGAGAAAACAGAGAAGUCUGUUAUCAGCUGGAGAGGAGCAGUAAUAGAACCUGACCAAAGCACCGAACCUCCGUCUAGUAAAGUAAAGGAACCAGAAAAGCCAUCAUCUGUGGAAGCUGAUGACCAGAAGGAACCAGUGCCCAUCACGGAGCGGCAGAUGGCCGUGAUCGAAGCUUUCCGCCACGCCUGGAAGGGCUACAAGGAUUUUGCCUGGGGCCAUGAUGAGCUGAAGCCUUUGUCCAAGUCCUACAGCGAGUGGUUUGGGCUUGGCCUUACCUUGAUUGAUGCCUUGGAUACCAUGUGGAUUUUAGGCUUAAAGGAAGAGUUUGAAGAAGCAAGAAAAUGGGUAGCAAACGAUUUAGUAUUUGAUAAAAAUGUGGAUGUGAACCUCUUUGAGAGCACUAUCCGUAUCCUGGGGGGCUUGCUGAGCACCUACCAUCUCUCCGGGGAUAGCCUCUUCCUGGAAAAAGCUAAAGACAUUGGGAACAGGCUGAUGCCAGCAUUCAAGACACCCUCCAAGAUACCUUAUUCUGAUGUCAACAUUGGCCGGGGCACCGCACACCCGCCCCGCUGGACGUCCGACAGCACUGUGGCAGAGGUCACCAGUAUUCAGCUGGAGUUUAGGGAGCUCUCUCGUCUCACUGGGGAUGAGAAAUUCCAGAAAGCUGUAGAUGAGGUGAUGAAGCAUGUUCACACCCUCUCAGGGAAAAAUGAUGGACUAGUGCCUAUGUUCAUAAACACCAACAGUGGGCAGUUCACUCACUUGGGUGUUUAUACUCUGGGAGCCAGAGCUGACAGCUACUAUGAAUAUUUGCUCAAGCAGUGGAUUCAGGGAGGGAAAAAAGAAAAUGAGCUUUUGGAGGACUAUAUGAGAGCCAUAGAAGGAGUGAAAAAGCACCUUCUUCAGAGAUCACAACCCAAGCAGCUUACUUUUGUAGGAGAGCUUGCCCAUGGCCAUUUCAGUGCCAAGAUGGAUCACUUGGUUUGCUUCUUGCCUGGAACUUUGGCCCUGGGAGCUCACAAUGGAUUGACUGCUGACCAUAUGAAAUUGGCUGAAGCUCUUAUAGAAACCUGUUACCAGAUGUAUGCUCAAGUAGAGACGGGCCUGAGUCCAGAGAUUGUCCACUUCAAUCUUCAUGCUCAAAAGGGCCACAAAGAUGUGGAGAUCAAGCCUGCAGACAGACACAACUUACUGCGACCAGAAACUGUGGAAAGCCUUUUUUACAUGUACAGAUUCACUGGUGAGAAGAAAUACCAAGACUGGGGCUGGGAAAUCUUUCAGAGCUUCAAUAAAUACACACGGGUCCCUACUGGUGGUUACACUUCUAUUAACAACGUCCAGAAUCCCAGUAAUCCAGAGCCACGAGAUAAGAUGGAGAGCUUCUUCCUUGGGGAAACACUCAAAUACAUGUUUCUGCUGUUUUCAGAUGACAUAGACUUAAUCAACCUCGACAAAUACGUAUUUAACACGGAAGCUCAUCCACUCCCUAUCUGGGGGCCAGCAUAGACUGGGUGCCACUAGACCUUCCAAUGGUGGCAAUUUGAUCUUCAAGUCACUUUACUUUUCAGGGUUUGAGGAGAGAUGCUAUAUUGCACCUUUUUUUUUUCUUCUUCUUGGCUUAAAACAAACAAAGAAAACCUUUGGGAGAGCAUCUCUGGUUUGAAGAAGUCGUGUCAGUCUUAAAUCUAAUCCCUGCUUCUGGGAUGAGCAAGCUGUGCCAUCCAGAGCUGCUUUUCCUGCUGUUGAUGAAGAAAUUCAGAGAUAAUUGCUGUGUGGACCAUGACAUUCACAGGGGCUCUGGUCAUUCAGAGCUCACUUAUGUCAGUCUUACUAAAUGCUCAUCAACUGUCAGGAAGGCAGCACGUUGUCUUACAGCACAGGAUCGUCCCUGGAGAGAAGGAAUAAGCUACAGGUUUAUUCUGGAUUCCCUGAAACACUCGGUUCCGGUGCUGCUCCUUCCUGAGAACUUCAGUGUUUCAGGUGGUGAGUGGAAUAAACAAACAACUGUCACCUUGUCCCAGGUGGAAGCCAAGCUGUCAGUGUGGCUGCUGGCAGGCUGAUCUCAAGCUGUCAGUGUGGCUGCUGACAGGCCAAUCUCAUUCCGAGCUCAUUCCGGGCUGUGCUGCGAAGCGGCUGUUGUCCGGUCUCUUAGUUUUGUAGAGCACUCUUGAGCUGUGGCUGAAGUGACCGAUGGAAGAGGGAUUGCUGCUGGUUUGGCUCAGAGUGGUGUGUAAUUUUUGUUACAAGUAUUGCAGGUUUUUUGUAACUUAUCUGCAGGAAUGCAGGAGAUAAUGUGAAGCGCAGGUGAAACUGCACGUGCGUUUUCUCUGUCGUUUGCAUCAGUUAGACUCAGGUAUUCUGACUGAAAGCUGCUUUCUGAGGUCAGGCACUGGGAAAGCUUGUGAGCACAUUAGGGAUUAUUUCCAAGUCUGCCUCCUUCCAUCCUGUCCUGUCCAGAUACUGCAUUGUAAGGUGUUUGUUGGCUCAAGACAAGCUUCCAGCUGUACAGCACACUUCAUCUUAGGCACCAUUUUUUUUGGACUGUGGGGAAAUUUGGAAUUUUUGUGUUUUCUUUAGGACUACUUCAGGUUAGAAGUGUUUUCAUUAGUAAAAGCAGACAGUCUCGAUGUAUUGCAGCAAUUCCUGCUCCCAACUGAAUCUGUCAAACCUGUUCAGUUGCUUGAAGACAAAGCAGACCCAGUGGGGUGUUUUUUAACAGUCUUACAGGAGCCCUGGGAUCUUUAGCUUUUGUAUGUGCAAAUAGAUUUUUAAACCAUGCAUUUGGAAAUCAGCUUUCUGUAGUGCUUUUUCCUUUUGGUUUUGUAGCUACUUGGACAGUCCUGUAUUCACAGAUAAGUUCUCAGAAAUGUGCUUGUUCAUAUUUCCUACAGAGGUUGUUGUCACCAAAAUGUCCUUUCCCCCCAGUGUCAGGGGGAGGUGCAGUCACCUUAAAUGCAGGGCUGCUAAACAGAACUAGCAAAACCUGACUGUAAUGGUUAAUGUUUCAGGGGCUGAAGGGAGUUUGUGUAUGUUUUAUGUAACUUGAUUUGUAAAGCAAGAUGCAUCUUUGUUUGGUUUGUGCUGAUCAGUUCCAUCAGCUGGAGUCAGAAGUUACCCUGGGACCACUAAUUUAAGUCUUUUGAAGAGUAUUUAUCAUUCCAUGUACUAAUGAUGGCUUAUGGAAAUGGAGACAUUUCACCAGUUAUUUAAAAUGCACCUUUUUCUGUCAUCAAGAGGGACCUUGGGCUUUGCAAGACCCGCCAAGUUUGUGCAGAAUGUCAAUGCUCCUGCAGCUCACGCGCCACCGUAACCCCGGCGCGUGCAGCGCGCUCCGGGGGCUGCAGCCUUUGUCUGCACCACUCAUUCUGCUCCCAAGACUUUCUGUUUUCAUUGACAUCACAGUGAAGGAGGAAAAAGCUGCUGAAACGUGGAAGGAAACACCUUCAGUGGUUUUUGUUUGUGGAGCAGGUUGGUGUUUCUGAGGAGCUGAGCUGGGACUGAAAGCUGAAGGCUUGUUGUGGUCAAAGCGAGUGUUGACCCGUGAUCAGUGACUUUGCUAUGAAGUAUAAAACUGCUCAUUUGGCUUUUCACCUGAGUGGCAGCUCUACUGAGGAAACAGAGGUUUCUAAGAAGUGGAACACAUCUACAUGCUCACAAAAAAACAUCUGUUGUUGAAGUCUUACAGUAGUCUUAAGGUAAUUGACUCUACAAGUGGGACUGUGGGAGUCUGGUAGAAUUUUUUUGCCUUAUGAUUGGCUUCUGGGAUUAAUAAUCCAUUUCCUAAUGAGUUAAAGGAAAGAGAGAAGAAUAAAUGGUCACUUUCUCAAACA